AUGUUGAGUCGUGCACUUUCAACCCCAACAACUCAAAGCCUCAAGGCAACAAGAACAAAUGCAAUGCUUUAUCCAACUCAUAGAUUAUUGUCUCUUAAGAACCCAGUAUCAAAUACCAGAGGAUUUUCAUCAAAAGAGAAUAUUUUUAUCAGAGGUCACCAAAUCAAUAUAAAACAAUUUUUUGGCCUUAUCUCGGGUCGUACGCCACGAAACAAAGCAGGAGUUGUUUCCCCAAGGUGUGGCCUGCCACUGACAGAAGAGAAUGUGGAGAAGGUUUUGGAUGAGGUAAGGCCUGGCUUGAUGGCUGAUGGAGGGAAUGUGGCAUUACAUGAGAUAGAUGGUCUUGUUGUUGUCCUCAAGCUGCAAGGGGCAUGUGGAUCAUGUCCUAGCUCAGCUAUGACAUUGAAAAUGGGAAUUGAAACUCGCCUCCGGGAUAAGAUUCCAGAAAUCUUGGAAGUGGAGCAGAUAAUGGACACCGAGACUGGUCUUGAGUUAACCGAAGAAAAUGUUGAAAAUGUUCUUUCUGAAAUUAGACCAUACCUUGUUGGCACCGGGGGAGGAAUAUUAGAGCUUGUUCAGAUCAAGGAUUAUACUGUCAAAGUUCGGCUAAGUGGACCUGCAGCUGGGGUUACAACAGUUCGUGUUGCCUUAACACAGAAGCUGAGAGAUAAGAUACCUGCUAUUGCAGCUGUGCAGCUAAUAGACUGAUGUCACAUACAAUACAAGUUCUUUUAUAUUUUGAUUUAUCUGUUACAAGAUGAACUGGAACCAUCCAUAGAAAGAACAUGUAAACUUCUGUUAGGAAAACAAAUUCAGUGUCAGUUACUCAGUUUUAUAGGAUUUAAUGUUUGUCUCCUCCGUUCACUUCAGAAUGAAGUAUUUAACAUUCCUUAUAUCACUCUCAGUCUUAGCAGUCCAUUGCAUACUUGUAUCUUUUUUGACAUGGCUUUAGUGUAUGACAAAAGAGCAAAUACUAAAAUCAAGGAUUUUGAC